CAUCGGAAUUAACCCUUCAGGGCUGGCGGCCGCGCUAUGCCCCGCCCCCUCCCCAGCCCCAGACACGGACCCCGCAGGAGAUGGGUGCCCCCAUCCGCACACUGUCCUUUGGCCACCGGACAUCAUGCCUCCCAAGAAGGAUGUUCCCAUGAAGAAACCAGCAGGGCCCUCCAUCUCCAAACCUGCUGCUAAGCCAGCAGCAGCAGGGGCUCCUCCAGCCAAGACCAAAGCUGAGCCAGCUGUCCCCCAGGCCCCUCAGAAAACCCAGGAGCCUCCAGUCGAUCUCUCCAAAGUGGUGAUCGAGUUUAACAAGGACCAGCUGGAGGAGUUCAAGGAGGCCUUCGAGCUGUUUGACCGAGUGGGGGAUGGCAAGAUCCUGUACAGCCAGUGUGGGGAUGUGAUGAGGGCCCUGGGCCAGAACCCCACCAACGCCGAGGUGCUCAAGGUCCUGGGGAACCCCAAGAGUGAUGAGCUGAAGUCCCGGCGUGUGGACUUUGAGACUUUCCUGCCCAUGCUUCAGGCAGUGGCCAAGAACCGAGGCCAAGGCACAUAUGAGGACUACUUGGAGGGGCUUCGUGUGUUUGACAAGGAGGGGAACGGCAAAGUUAUGGGAGCAGAGCUCAGACAUGUUCUCACCACCCUCGGUGAGGCAGGCAAGGGGGACCAGAACUCCUUUAGAGUGGAGAGGGGGAUGGGGUGGGCCAGAAAAAAGACUGGCCAGAUAAGCAGAGCCAGCAGGAGGAUUGCUGUCCUGCAGGUUGUCAGCAGGAGACUGAGAAGGUCAGAGCUAUGGGGGUAGAAUCUGAAGGACUCUCUCUUCCAGAGGCUAAAGUGCCUAGGAAAAGGGAUGAGGUGGGAAACCUGAAUUUUCAUUUUGGAAGAGACGUGUGGGUUGUGUGUUCUGGUACAAGUCUCGUAACCUCCUGGGAUUGUUUCUUUGUGGGUCAGUGCUUUCACCAGUACUAGGGUGAAAUGGAAAGGCAAGAGGCAUCCAUGACCAGGGGAGGAUUCCCUUGAGGACUGAGGCUAUGGGAAGUCUCCAGGGUGGGAGAAGAAGAGGUACCACUCUAAAGAGCAUGGCCUGGCCGGGUGCGGUGGCUCACGCCUGUAAUCCCAGCAUUUUGGGAGACCGAGGUGAACGGAUCAUCUG